CAUGGAACACUUUGCAACACAGUGCACGUAAUGCUGACAUUGGCAAUACCAGCUACAGCAACAGCAAAAGCAACAAUAAAAACAAAUGCAGUCUCGCUAACAACUGUAGUGUAAAUAAACGCACGUGGGCGUGGGUGUGAAACGUGUCACCCGGGAAUAAUCAACAAGCACGCUAACAGCAGCAUCAACCCAAAAAAUAAAUAAAUAAAACCGAUAAUAAGAAAAAACACCACAGCGACUGUCAACGAAAAAAAGAGAUAAUGAUUAAAUUAAAAAUGAAUGCGGCGGUUAACAAUACCGCUAGCAGCAACCAGAACAAUAAAAUUAGCAAACAUAAAAAAUGUAACAAUAAUAAAAGGAACACCUUCCACAAUAGUAAUAACAACAACAACAACAAGAAAAAAUAUUCCGACAACAGCAAUUCAGAAAGCGACAGUGCAUUGCUGUGUGUAGCGGCGGAACUACAACGAUUGCAAAACAGCGAAGAAAUAAGGCUAAAUAAGCUACCACAAAAACAGCAACUACACGAAUUGGCAGAAUUAGUGCAGCAUGCAGAUAGAGUCAACCACGAGGAAAGCAAUGCGCAUCACCACCAACAAUAUUACAAGCAUCAUCAACACCACCACCACCACCACCAUCUGCACUAUCAACAACAGCAGCACCAUCACCUUUUACCCGACCACCAGCAACAAAAUAUGACAGCAAAGCAAUGUACGGUGCAAGUGCAACACCAAAGCGAACAGCAUAAGCAGCAAUUUCCGAUACACGCGCCUGAGCAAUGGCAGCAACAUUUUAAUCAACAACAGCCACAACAUGAAGGCGAGCAGCAGCCGCUGCAACAACAGCAACAACGACGGCUGUGGCGAUGGUCAUCACUAUGUUAUGUUGAUGCAACACGCUGCGUCAUCAGUGAAAGCAGCAACAACAAUAGCAACAGUACCAGCAACAGCAACAGCAACCACUCCACCGGUAGAAGUAAAUUUAAUCCAACGCAAGCAUCUCUGCACUCGUUCACCACUUCAUCAUCGUCAACAUCCUCGCUACUCCCUUCAACGUCGUCUUCGUGUACUUCAUCGUCAACGCGUGGUUGCACAUCGUCACCAACAGUGAUGGCGUCAGUCUCUGCAUCGACAUCAGCAUCUGCGUCGGCAUCCGCGUCAGUGGUGGCUGCAGCUGCGGCGGGGACACAGCGUGUUACUUGCACAUUUACAACUGCCACAACUGCCUCGCAGCCUGUAACAACAUUAUAUUUGUGGUGGCUAUUUGGUGUAUGUUUAAUUCUGUUCACAAAUGGCGGACGUGAUUGGCGGUCAGCGGCAGUAACGCGUACGACUUUUAUGGUUGAAGCCUCGUAUUUGGAACCGGACGAACUGAUACACGAACUGGAUAGACCAGUACCUUUAACGUCAGUGCAAGGCGUACUGGGGCGACAGGCGAUGCUGCCUUGUGAUAUAUCACCCAUGGAAAGAGACGAUGCCGUCUAUAUGGUGCUUUGGUUUCGUGAGGGGGACGGUGAGCCGAUUUACAACUUCGACGUGCGUGGCCGUCAAUUUGGACAAGCGCGUCUGUGGUCUUCCCCAUUGGCAUUCGGAACACGCGCCUACUUUAGCAGUACAUCACAUCCCGCUCAACUAAAAAUCGAUAAUGUACGCAUCGAAGAUGAGGGCGUCUAUCGGUGUCGAGUAGAUUUUCGCAAUUCACCAACACGAAAUCUGAAAAUCAAUCUCACUGUUAUCGUGCCACCAGAUCGUCCGGUGAUUUAUGGCCCCAAUAGGCAUGACAAAGCCAGCAAUGUGGAAUCUUUCAAUGAAGGCACGGACAUAGUGUUAGCUUGCGAAGUGACGGGCGGACGUCCACGUCCAAAUGUAACAUGGUAUUUAGAUAAUACGGUGAUUGAUGAAUCUUUCGAGCAUCGCUCGGACGGCAAGACUGUUAACCACUUGUCAUAUCCAAAUAUUGGACGACAACAUUUGAAUGCGAGAUUAGUUUGUGUGGCGAGCAAUACGAAUUUGACGCCACCGAACAACAAAGUGGUCAUACUCGAUGUCAAUUUGAAACCAGUGGCUGUUCACAUAAUGACAAAGGAUCGUCCCAUAUCUGCUGAUCGUACCUACGAUAUCGAAUGCAAGUCUUCCGGUUCAAAGCCACCUGCUGUUAUCACGUGGUGGCGCAACAAUAAGCAAUUGAAAAAGUUUACGAAAAAUUUUAAUGAACCCGACAAUCAAUCUUUGAGUAUAUUGACGUUCACGCCUACACGUGAGGACGAUGGCAAAUAUUUGACUUGUCGCGCCGAAAAUCAGUUCAUCGAGGGCAGCACCAUUGAGGACAAAUGGCGAAUGGUUGUAUACUAUCAACCAACGGCUCAUUUGAAAAUGGGUUCUUCAUUGAAUCCUGACGAUAUCAAAGAGGGCGAUGACGUUUAUUUUGAAUGUGUCAUACAAUCAAAUCCAAAGCCGUACAAAAUGUCAUGGUUUCAUAAUGGCAAGGAACUGCAUUCCAACGUUUCAGCUGGCAUCAUCCUUUCGGAUCAAUCACUCGUGCUGCAGAGUGUCUCACGUGCAUCCGCUGGUGAUUACACGUGUUUGGCUGUGAAUUCGGAGGGGAAGGGCGCCAGUAAUCCGGUUUCGUUGCGUAUACGCUUUGCACCCAUUUGUGCCACCGAUCAUGAAGAGCUACUGGGCGCCCUGAAGCAUGAAACUCUGAUGCUAAAAUGUGAAGUGGAUUCAUCACCGCCAGCGGAGGCAUUUACAUGGACAUUUAACUCGUCCGGCGAGCAAACGGAAUUGCCCGCGCGACUGCACUCAACGGAGACUGGCAUGUCUCGAUUGAACUAUACACCAGCCACUGACCUGGACUAUGGUACAAUAUCCUGCUGGGGACGAAAUUCAAUUGGCAUGCAGAAGACUCCUUGCGUUUUUCAAAUUGUCGCUGCAGGUCGUCCAUUUCCAUUACAAAAUUGCACAGUCUCAAACCAAUCAGCCGACUCUAUACAAGUUGACUGUGUGGAAGGUUUUGAUGGUGGCCUACCUCAAGGUUUCAUACUAGAAUUAGUUGAAUUGAAUAAUUUGCGCUUGGCGCGUAAUUUGAGUUUACCGCACCCACCUGUGAGCUUUUUUAUUGAAAAUCUCGAUCCCACUGCCACAUAUCGUAUGAUCAUAUUCGCCAUGAAUGCCAAGGGACGUUCGGAGCCAACCAUAAUCGACGACAUAAACUUCAAGGGUGUGGCUAAAUUUACAGGUGCAUCGAAUGGCUUGACUGUGCCACUUUCGCCAUUUUUGGCCGGUUUGACUCUAUUCUGUGCGCUACUCUUUGCCAUUUCGUGCAUUGCUUUGGCGGCCAUAUAUAAACGCUUCUCAAGCAGGCAAAACGAUGGUAAUUUAAAACCAACGAAACACACACAACUUUCAAUACCCUCCGAUUGUCAGCUGGAUCCAUUACAACCGAACAACCACCAUCAUCAACAUCUACAGCACAAUCACGAGCAAAAUAAUCACCAGUCACAUCAUAGUCUUCUGCAGACGAAUGGCAGUGAUGGUGUCAAUGCCGGCGGUGGUGGUACAUCACCAUCUGUUGGAGGCGGCAUUGGAAGUGGUGGUGUGGGUGGUUUGAUUGGCAUUGAUACGUCAACAUUGCGGUCAACGGUGGCCGGUCAUCAUCGGCAGAGUCCACUUGUGAUGGGCGAUGCGCUGGAGGGUGAUGACACCGAUCCAGAUGUUAUACCUAAUCAAUAUGAGAAACGUCCACUAAAGUCGCUGGUGGCCUCACCCAUAUUCCGUAGCCCCUCAGCGCGUCUAUUGCAGCGCGACUAUAGCAGUCCUGCGGACACGGAACGUGCUGGCACAUUGAGUAGCGGGAGCGUGAUUGGUGGCAUCACGAAUAGCUCAACGCUGAGCAGCGCCGAUGGCAUCUCCAGUCUGGGCUCAUUAGUUGGAAACAGCAGUGUUGGUAGUGUUGGUGGCAUUGGCGUUGGCAACGAAGUGCUGCACUAUACAUUUAGACCAAGCAAACAAUUGAGUUAUGCUACCUUAAAUAAAAAGGGUAUAACCACGUGUAGUCCACCGCUGAAUAUAUCACUUUAUAAUACAACAACUACAACUUUAUCAUCGCUAUCAUCAACAUAUCAUUCGACGCCACAACCACAGCCAAUGGAAGUUAGUUUACUCAGUCCGAAUAAUCCAUCAGUGACGUCAUCGCUGAGCGAAUAUAGAUUUCGGCCGGAAGUGGUAACAACAUCGAAUCGCAUACAGGAAAGUUGUAUAUAAAUAAAUAAUGCAUAUG